GGACGGGCUUGCUCAGGACCGUGGUUAGUAUCGAACAGUUCACCAACUUCAGCCAUGCAUCCUGACGCUCAACUCAAGACCGCACUUAAAAAUGGGUUCGACCCAAAGCUCCUGUACAAGGAACCUUUGACGACCGUGAAGGAACCCGUUUGUUCAAUCCUCGAGAAGCACAGCAAGGUUCCUGUAGACAAGGUCGUAAGCCAUGUCAAUGAAGUUCGAGACCGCGCAUUCGCAGUAUUUCCUUACGCUUGCAUUGGACAAUUCUCCUUUGUUGAAUUGAGCAUCGCAGACUCCCCAUGCUAUCGUGAGAUGCUUGAGCGCACCAAACAAGGGCACAAAUUGCUCGAUCUGGGCUGUGCAUUUGGACAGGAGCUUCGCCAAUUGAUAUACGACGGCACACCCCCUACCAACCUUUACGGUUCCGAUAUCCAGCAAGACUUCCUCAACCUAGGCUAUGAGCUCUUCCUAGAUCGCGCAAUUCUCCCCGACUCCCAGCUCAUUGCUGCAGACGUUCUUGACAAACAAUCCGCCCUCUUUGAACGUCUAGCAGGAGAGCUCAAUAUCGUCUAUAUUUCGCUCUUCCUUCAUGUCUUCGAUUUUGAGAAGCAGAUUACAGUAGCACAGAACGUUUUGGAUCUCCUUAAGGCUGAACCUGGGUCCAUGAUUGUCUGCCGGGUUACGGCUUGUCGGGAUCAAGAAGUCCUAGCUGCAACCCAGGAGCGUAUGCCUUAUUACUAUCAUGACCUUGCAAGUUGGAAUCGCCUUUGGGAGGAGGUAAAGAAGCAGACGGGCGUAAAGCUUUCUGUCGAGUCAUGGGAGCAACCUGAUGAGUUGGUUAAGAAGCAUCCACUUCCCGGUAUCUAUAUUCUAGGGUCGUCUAUCCGGCGAUUGUAGGUGUCGUCAACUACUAGGAUGUGGUGCUUCAAAUGUUGAUGAGAACACUUGAGCCUUUUCGGUCUUCUGUAUCUUGAGAAUUGAGAUGAUUUACUUUGAAGGGGUUUUUUGUGCACCAUCGAGACUAGUUAUCUUUCCG